AUGACUUCAUUCCUCCAAUGGGCAACGGCGGCUCUCAGCGUUCGUUCCUUAAACAAUGGAACACCUCACAACCGGUAUCCUGAUAAAUGCUUAUCACACGAUCCACGGCAUGGCUGUCCAUGGGGAACUAUGAACGUUACCAACACCGACCCAUACAAGGAGCGACCAGAUACUGGCGUAACCCGAACUUAUGAUUUCACCAUUUCAAGGGAGACGGCCGCUCCUGAUGGCGUAGAGGCAGAAUUACUCCUAGUCAAUUCCCAAUUUCCUGGGCCGACGAUUGAGUGCGACUGGGGGGAUUCACUUGAGAUAACGGUACGCAACAAUCUUUCAGAGGGUACAGCUAUACACUGGCAUGGGAUGUUACAGCAGGAUUCACCAUGGAUGGAUGGCGUGCCAGGCGUUGCCCAAUGUCCAAUAGCCCCUGGGUCCUCCUUUACCUACGUCUUCAAACCAGAGCUGUACGGCACCGGUUGGUAUCAUUCACACUACGAGUCACAAGCAGCGAGCGGAUUCUCCGGGCCUAUGGUCAUACACGGUCCGGAUCACGCCGACUACGACAUCGACAUGGGACCAAUUGCUAUCAGCGAUUACUUCCACAAACUCUACGAUACCAUCGUCAAAGGCUUCCUGAAUAACAAAGUCGAAGUUACCCUAUCUGAUAACAACUUGAUCAAUGGGAAAAAUUCCUUUGAUGGCAAUAACUCGCCUCUGGCAUCGUUCAACUUCACGUCCGGAAAGAAGCACCGUUUGCGAUUGAUUAACACGUCGGCAUUUGCGGUGCAAAAAAUCUCUAUCGACGGAUACGAUUUGACGGUCAUUGCGAACGACUUCGUGCCGAUAGUCCCGUACUCGACGGACGUCGUCACUUUAGCGCCUGGUCAGCGGGCGGACGUCAUCGUAAGCGCAACAGGAACCCCGACCGACGCGGUCUGGCUUAGGGCAUAUAAACCACCCAACUGUUCUCCGGGGAAACAGGGGUCCUUCUUAGCCACGGCAGCGAUAUUCUACGAGGACGCCGACCGGACACAAAUGCCCACAACUCAACCUGGUCCAAACGCGUAUAACCACUACUGCGGCAACGACCCCUUAUCACGCACCGUACCGGCCUACCCACUAUCCCCCGGCGAGCCAGGCGUAACGCAGAUCCUCCCCGUCGAGCUGCGGCCCAACGGGUCGUCCAACCUGUGGUACAUGGCGAACCGCACGUUCCGGGUCGACUACAACGACCCGCAACUUCUCAACGCGGGGAGCGGCAACCUGGAAUUCCCGUAUAUCCAGAACGUGCACAACUACGGUAGCAACUCGUCGCUGCGCUUCAUCGUCCAGAACACGGGCUUCCAGCCGCACCCCGUGCACAUCCACGGGCACAACUUCUGGGUCCUCCAGGAGGGCCUCUGCGCGGACAACGCCACCGUGUUUCCGCACGGCCAGCCGCCCUUCGCCCACGUGUUCUCCCCGGGAGAAGCUUCCGACCUCUUUGGUGGCGGGCCUGGCUCGCAGUAUCACCACCACCGGGGGCUGGAAAGCUUGCCGACCGAGGAGGAUGCGUUUCUUGAGAAGAGGCGCGACGAGGGGAGGCCGAAGCCGAGUAUGAUAGGCGACUACGGCUCGUGCUGGGACGGGUCGAUUGUCAACCCGAGCAAUCCCCAGCGCCGCGACGUCCAGAUGCUCCUGCCCGGCCACUACAUCGUGGUCCAGUGGAACCAGGAUAACCCGGGGAUCUGGCCGCUGCACUGUCAUAUUGCGUGGCAUCUAGCCGGCGGGAUGGGAUGGAUGAUUCUAGAACGUCCGGACGAUUUAUACAAUAAUGAACACAUCAGCCACACCAUGUCGCAGACUUGCACUGAUUGGAAUGAGUGGACUAAUAGGAAUAUGGUCGAUCAAAUUGGUGGUGGUUUAUGA